AAGAAGUUGAUUUUGUUGUUCUGUACGUGCCUCAAUCGGCCACUUAUUUCUAACACCGAUAGAAUGGUUCAGACCCGAGUCUGGCAAAGAAUGGCGUUAUUGUGUCGGCUAGAGAGAAGUAACUCGUCGAGUUCCGGAGGUUGUGUUUGCUGGCGUAAGGUUGGACGAGCACAAUGGACUCAGGAAUAGGAGUUCCAUGGCAAGUGCUGAAAACACGACGCGCCUGUCGAGUUAGACAACCCUUUUGGUAUUUUUCGCAUUCGAUUUUGCGUCAAACAAGGUCAUGUCGUUUGACUUGGAAAGAUGCAAGAAAAAGUUCGGAAUGAGAGACAUUCCCGCGCAGCUUGAUACGCAAAUCUCAUCAACAUUCUGGCAGCAAUUUUAGUAUACCACACAGAAGGCGACUGAAUCUUCGCCAGAAAUCUCAAUACAAGUGAUGGUAAUUUCACAACCGACAUAGAGCUUCUCUUUACAACUGUCCAACCGAAGUCUUGCGUUAUCAAAAGCCAAGCUCACCGGACUUCACAACCACCCAAACCACUUCCCUCCAAACAGCACAAGCUUCAUGCACCCCGAUAGCAUAUGCUAGAUAGCAUAUCCUUCAGUAGCACCCUGUUCAUCUCUCCACAUUCUCCCGAUCUCCCUAGUCCAUUGGCCACAUACCAGCACCCGAUGAACUUCCAAGCCUGCCAAGAGCGGGGAAUGGUCUCCUUGGCGAGAAAAUUUUAUCUUAUCUGAUCGGCCCAUCUGAAGAAUCUUUUCACUGCUUCGCCGCACGCUUACGCUUAGUUCGUAGCUGGAUUUGGGGGCAUUUCCGCAAGUGCGGUUCUGUGUCUCUGGAUUGUGAAGUAAGUUUUUUUUUGGGUCUUUUAGCUGUGCUAUGGGGAGAAUGUAGGCGGUGAUAGGGAGGUACGGUUGGAUUGGUGGGACCCCCGCUGUUGAAGAACAUUGAUGUGCUUAGCGAAGGUGAAAAAUUCCAUGUUUGGGUCAACUUCGGUGAAAUCUAGCUGCCUAGUUAUUCUUUCCCUUUCAUGUAUAGUCAUCCAGAUACCCGGGAUCAUAGCAAAGAACCAAUGCAGUAAUGCCUGCCAUGCAAUGGUGGAUAUCUGCGCACGUCUACUCUUGCUGUAGCUACUCCGUUCGGCUGCAGCGGACCAGAGGACUGGGAUCGGAUGGCAAGGGAGCCAAGACGGCCAAAUGAACCUAGACGCAAGCUAUGUUCUGUGGAUCUUCACUGCUUCUAGGCAAAGUGGACCAAGGGCGACUGCGGGAUACCAUGGGAGCAGAGCUAGCCUUGAAGAUGAGAUAAGAUAUAAAGGGUUGGCCAUCUAUCUGAUCCUUUCUUCGUUCCUUACUCCUCUACCUACACGUCUAUACCUGGACUUCGCUUGUCGACGUUCAACGAGUAAGGUCAAGCGACGAAUGACAACAGGAUGGCUUCCAUUACUCCCGUUGAGAAUAGGGUCGUUGAGUCGACUAUUGAUAUCGAGAAAAGUCCUGUCAAUGAUUCGAAUGUCAAUGAAGUCUCGUUUGAUGAGAAGUUAGACUCGGAGGAUGGAUCGACGCAUAAGCAGGAUGGUGUGAAGCGUGUUGAGGCUAUCACUACGGUCUGGACUAAGAAAACACUGGCAUUGAUGUUUAUUCUGCUAUACCUCGUCUCUUUCGUCGAGCUCCUCAUGUCAAGCAUCAACUCCAAUCUCACAGCCUAUGUAACUUCCGACUUCUCUUCCCACGGUCUCCUCGGCGCCACAGGAAUCGUAGCCACUAUCGCAGGCGGCGUCUCUGCAUUCACCAUCGCUAAAAUAAUCGACAUCUGGGGCCGAGUCGAAGGCUUUCUUCUCAUGCUCUUCGUCGUCUCCCUCGGACUCAUCAUGAAAGCUGUAUGUAAGAACGUUACCACCUACGCUGCAGCCCACACUUUCUACUGGGUUGGCCAUCUUGGCCUCCUCUAUGUCAUCGAUGUCAUGCUGGCGGAUAUGACGACGUUAAAAAAUCGGAUGUUAGCUUUUACUAUAAAUGGGACGCCGACUAUCGCGACUACGUUUGCUGGCCCGGCCAUUGCGGAGUUGUUUGAUAAGGAAUCGACUUGGAGGUGGGCAUUUGGUGCUUUCUGCAUUAUUUUGAUUGGGGUGAGUCUUCCUGCUGCGGCAGUCAUGCUAGCUCAGCAGAAGAAGGCUGCGAGACUAGGUGCUUUGCCUGAGCGAGUGCAUAACCGAACUUGGUUUGAAUCUUUCAAGUUCUAUGUCAUUGAGUUUGAUGUUCUGGGCCUUCUCCUCUGCACAGCUGCGUUCUCUCUGAUCCUCCUACCAUUCUCCCUCGCCAACGGACAAUCCAAAGGCUGGGCAUCCGGAACCAUAAUCUCCAUGCUCGUCGUCGGAGUUGUCUCGAUGGUCGCCUUCGUGCUUUGGGAGCGAUUCUUCGCACCCGUGCAAUUCUUCCCAUUCAAGUACCUCAUGAACCGAACCAUCAUCGGCUCGUCUCUGCUGUACGGUUUCAUGUUCUUGAGUAUCUUCUGCUGGGAUACGUACUAUUAUUCGUAUUUGCAGGUAGUGCAUGACCAGAGCAUCAGGAACUCGGGAUACAUUUUGAACGCCUUCUCACUGACAUCGUCGUUCAUUUCACCGUUCAUUGGAUUCCUCAUCAGCCGCACUGGUGAUUUCAAAUACACCGCAUACGGCGGUAUUCCCUUCGCCGUCCUCGGCACCGCUUUACUCAUCCACCUCCGUACCCCCAGCACCCACGUCGGCCUCCUCGUGAUGUGCCAAGUCCUCAACGGAAUCGGUACCGGCAUCUGGGCGACCUGCGCUCAACUCGCCGUCAUGGCCUCGGUCUCUCACCAAGAAGUCGCCGUGGCCAUCGCCCUCUGGAGUAUGUUCGGAUCAAUCGGGUCAGCCAUCGGUCAAGCCAUCGCCGGCGCUUUCUGGACUAACAUCCUCCCGAAUGAACUGUACAAGGCUUUGCCAGAGGAGAGCAAGAAUUUAACGGCGACGAUUUAUUCUUCGUUUGUGAUCCAACAGGAUUAUCCCAUGGGAUCGGAGAUCAGGGAUGCGAUUAUUGUGGCGUAUGCGGAUGUUCAGCGGAAGAUGGUGAUUGCGGGAAGUGCGUUUAUGCCAGUCUGUGUGUUGGCUAUUGUGCUGUGGAAGAGGAUGGAUGUGAGGAAGUUGGAGAAGGAGAAGACGCAGAGCAAGGGGACGCUUUGGUAGGUGGUGAUUAAUGGAUGAGAGUGAGUGUUGGAGAACGUUUUGUCCUGUAAAUAGAUAAUGUUCGAUGAACCAUCGAUAGCAAAGUAACAAAGGAUCCUGGUCGUCAAAGUCAGCUCGUUGCGAGACAAAGCGUUCGCUAUCAAGGAUACCUUGUGUAUGUUUCACCUCGCUUAGUGGGCGUAAACACUCGGCAUUUCCAGAUGUUUACAGUACCAUCUCAUGUAUCCAUAACCGCCUGCCACAACUCAGGCCUUCCUCCAUAUCAAAGCCUUCUCUGCUGGAACAAUCCAUUAUGAUCUCGCUUAUGCAACGCUCAACCCUGCACACUAUCAACACUACAUUGCAUCAAUCCCCACCAAUCCUCACAGCGACACUACCCCCAAUAUCCACCACCCCCGCCCUCGUUUUCCCUUUCCCCUCACUCACUUCUCC